AUGUUGCCGCAUCAGGAAGUAAUCGUGAUGCCGUUGAUAGGCGAAAUGCUAACAACUUUUUUUGGCUACGUCGACGGAGACGCCGAAGACCAGGAAUCGACGCCCAUCAUCCCGUGCACCUCGCCCGCGUCUCCCGAUGACCCCGCCCACGCCCCCGUCAUCCCCCACGCCGAGGCUUUUACGUCGAGUCUGCAGGGCGGCGCCGCGCAAGACCACCUUCGGCCGGAUAGCGCUAACUCCGUGGGAUCGGGCGAACCUCCCUCUUCGCUGGCGGGAACCAUCGACGACGGACCAGAGCUCGAGAGGUUCGUCCUCGAGCCGGCGCCUGAAGGAUCACUCAUCAAGUGCAGGAUCUCGAGGGACAGGAAGGGCAUGGACCGGGGGCUCUUCCCGACCUAUUUCCUGCACAUGGAGAGGGACGACGGGAAGAAGGUGUUCCUCCUCGCCGGCCGGAAGCGAAAGAAAUCGACCACUUCAAACUACCUGAUUUCAGCCGAUCCAACCGACCUUUCCCGCGGCGGAGAGUCCUUCUGCGGGAAACUGCGGUCGAACUUGCUAGGGACGCAAUUCACAGUCUACGAUGGCGGCGAAGGGAAGAAGAAACUGACAAGUAACAGCACCACGGAGAAAGGAGGAUCAAGACAAGAGUUGGCGGCGGUUGUUUAUGAGACCAACGUCCUCGGCUUCAAAGGACCGAGGAAGAUGACUGUAGUGCUGCCGGGGAUGACUGCGGAUCACCAGAGAGUAGAGUUUAGGGCCAGUGGAGAACACGACAGUCUCAUUGACCGCUGGAAGAGUAAAAAUAUGGACCAGCUCAUCGAACUGUGCAACAAGACCCCUGUCUGGAACGACGACACCCAGAGUUACGUCCUCAAUUUCCACGGGCGCGUCACUCAGGCCUCCGUCAAAAAUUUCCAGAUUGUCCAUGAGAGUGAUGUGGAGUAUAUCAUCAUGCAGUUCGGACGCGUGGCUGAGGAUGUAUUCACGAUGGACUAUCGAUACCCCAUGUGUGCUCUCCAGGCAUUUGGCAUAGCACUGUCUUCGUUCGAUUCGAAGUUAGCAUGUGAAUAAUAGAAAACUUUGUAAUCUUAGACAUUCCUUUUUUUUUGUUUUUUGUUUGUUUUUGUUGUUUUUUGUUGUUGUUUUUUUUUCUUCUUUAUUUAUUUCGUCGGGGGGAGGACUAUGUGACGGUGAAAAGUGUGUUCUGUGUUAGUUUUGUGAAGAGGGCAGUUGAUGCUGUUUUGGAAGGGAUGACCAAGCUGCCAACUAACUGUAAUAUUUCAUGCUAUCAGAUCGCUAAACAGGACAGUACUGUGAUGCCUUAAACAUUGGUCUUUUUGCCUGUAUACUAAGAUGUCUGUGUGAUGACUCUUCAAUUGUCACUAAAUAGUACCAAUUACCUUUCUGUUUCUGUCGCAGGAUUUUGUUUCUCGUUUUAUAACUGUUGUGGGAUUUAAGAAAAACAUUUUUUUUAUAUAUAAUUGUUGUAGUUUUUUUUAUAUCUGUGGCUGUUGUAGAUAUUGUUUUUUUUUUAUUUUAUUAUUAUUAUUUUUUUAAGACCCAAGUAUGCAUCCUUGCAAGCAGUUUUGUUGCAAGAUAAUCGUGGCAUUCAUAUCUUUCCUUUUUUUUCUUUCUCUCUUAUAUUUUAAACU